AUGCUCACGCACAGCAGCGGCGUGGAGGAGGCCGCGAUCCUGCGGGACCUGUCGCUGGAGUUCCUGCAGCCGUACUUCAACCUCACGGCCGAGGCCGCGGCCUCGGCCAUGGGGGUCAGGCUGUCGGCGCUCAAGCUGCGAUGCCGGGAGCUGGGCAUCCCGAGGUGGCCGAACCGCAAGCUGCAGAGCAUCCGGCCGCUCAUCCGCGAGAUCGAGGCCCGGAUCGAGCUCGCGAAGCAGAACGGCGUCGGGGAGAAGGACAGCGGCAUGGUCGAGCUCAACGAGACGCGCGCCCGGCUGCAGCAAGAGUUUGAUAAUAUAAUGAAUAACCCGUGGGAGGACCUGUCGGACUUCGCGAAGGCCCUGCGCACGGCCCGGUACAAUGACAACCGCAACCGCAACCGCAAGCACUCGGUCCCGACGAACGCCAACGGCAAGCCGCUGCCCCCGGCCGCGCAGGGGCACGUGCCGCCGCCGCCGCCGCCCGCGCCCCCGAAGCCCGCGAAGCCAGCGCCGCGCGCGACGCAGAUGGUGCGUACCAAGGGGGGUGAGGUGUGUCACAUUCUCCGCGUCGUCAGCCAGGGGGGUGUGAGCAAGCGGUCGCACCCGCCGCGGCCGGGGCGGCCCGCGGAGCGUCCGCCCGCGCCGCCGCUGCCGACGUCGAAGACGACGCGGCCGCGGCCGCGACUCUCGUCCAGAGGUCCCUGUGUGGGCUGGUGUGUACGGUGUGCGCGGCUCAGUAGGCGCCGUGUAGGCUAG